AUGACUGCUGAUGUAAAUGUCAGCACUGUCGUCAACGCUAAUAAUGCAUUUAUUUCUUUUCUGGACCACUUGCCGUGUGAUAUAGUGCGAUCAUUGUGGGUCACUCAAUCUUUGAGUUUGAAGAACGAGGAGAUACGAAAUCAGCUGGACUCACUUUUGAGAGAUCAAAGACCGGGCAAGAUCACAAAAGUAGAGACGUUGCGCGUAAUCGCCAACUUAAGAGGCCAGCUUGUACGCAACUCUAGGGAACUUGUUGCUGAAGCCGAACAACUGUCUCAGAUUUUGGCUCACCAUCAAAGGUUAUCUUCUAACGAGCUGCAUCUUAUGGACCUUCUCAAGGAUUCGAGAAAACAACAAGACACGCGAACCUGGGAGGACUUUACUCGCUUUAAACGGAAUUUUGUCUCUACUGCUCAUGAUGAUUCUGAUGCCGAGGAUGAGGAUCCCCUGGCCCAGAAGCGAGAAAUAGUUCUUAGCGCUGGAGAUAGCAGGGUCAGGAAGACAAUUAAAGAGAAGAAGGAACGGAAAGAGAAGACCGAGAAAAAUGAGAAAUCAACUCGCAUUUCUAUUAAGUUGGGAACAGAGUCGCCGGUCGAACCAACGCCAUCGCCAGCCCCAGAAACACCGCCCCAAGAACAGUAUUGCGUAUGCCGUGGCCCGAGUAUGGGUAGAAUGAUCGCGUGCGACAACUCGUCUUGCCCGAUAGAGUGGUUCCACUACAAAUGUGUUGGAUUGUAUGCAGAUCCAGGUGACAAACGCUGGUUUUGCAGUUCUGACUGUGAACAGAAAUUCAAAAAUCGUAUCGCAAGAAAGAGACGCAGGCGCAAAGGCUACUAA